AUGUAUUUUUUAACAAAAAAAAAUUAACCAUCCUAUUAAAAUGGUUUGACAUUCAUAUCACACCUGUUUCAUAAAAAAUAAAUGGAUUAAAUUUCAACGAAUAAAAUUAUUUAACUAAAUGAAGAAUUGAUUCAUUAAUAAACAAAGCAAGUUACUAGUCCUAGAGAAAAAUCAUAAUCUAGAGAUAAAGAAAAAACAAACAUACGAUAAAUAACUAUUAGAUCAUAUUCUUCAUUAUAAAUUAAUGAUUUAAUUGAAAAUACUCUAAAAAAAGAGAAAUUCCAAAUAAGAUUAAAGAGUCCAAAUAAAUUCUGUAGGGUAAAAGCAUUAUAAGAGAUAAGAGAAAGAUAAAAAUCACCUACUUUUCUUAUUAAAUAAAGAACAUAGCCAAUUUAUUCAUAAAGUAUACCAGCUACUGCUAGAGUAAAUGGAUAUUGA